AUGUUUAUAGGAACGAUAAGGAGGAGUACUUACUGCUUCUUCCUUUUCCUUCUCAUUGCCGCUCUUAUUGGUAAUUCGACAGCCUCUCUUGGUGACCACCUUCCCGACUUCAAAGAAUGCGUUAAGGUUUGCCAGGCUGAGAAUUGCCAGGAUGGCAAUGAAGUAAUUCCUCUCCAUCUUCGCCUCAUGCUGUGGACAUGCCCUUCCGAAUGCGAUUAUACCUGCCAACAUGUCGUGACGGACCGCCGUGUCGCUCGUGAUCCUCCCAUGUUGAACCCAGUAUUACAAUUCCAUGGUAAAUGGCCAUUCCGCAGAAUCCUGGGGAUGCAGGAACCAUUCUCCGUUCUCUUCUCUUUGUUCAACUUCCUUGCCCACUGGCAUGGGAUUGGACGCAUUCGUGAGACGGUACCAGCUUGGCACUCCCUGCGGCCAUAUUACAUUGCCUUCGGAUACUGCGGUUUGGCAUGCUGGACCUUCAGCGCGGUUUUCCACAUGAGGGACUUGUCCUUGACCGAGAAGUUGGAUUACUUUGGAGCGGGGGCUAAUGUCAUGUAUGGGUUCUACCUUGCACUUCUUCGGAUCUUCCGUCUGGACCAGGAGAAGCCUAGACACAAACCAACUUUACGUCGUCUGUUGACCACGGUCUGUGCUCUGCUCUACACAUUGCAUGUGUGCUACCUCAGCUUCUGGUCGUGGGACUACACCUACAACAUGAUCGCAAACAUUGUGAUAGGCAUGGCCCAGAACAUCCUAUGGGUGGCAUUCAGUAUUCACCGCUAUCGCAAAUACGGCAAGGAAUGGAUGGCCUGGCCCGGAAUGAUUGUGGUGUGGAUUAUUUUGGCUAUGAGCCUCGAGUUGCUGGACUUUCCCCCUUGGCAUGAGCUGAUUGAUGCGCAUAGCCUUUGGCACCUUGGAACCGUGAUCCCGACUGCUUGGUGGUAUUUGUUUCUCAUCAAGGAUGUCCAAAACGAUGUGGCGGGCGAUAGGCUGAAAGCCUGA